AUGAAAUCUCUUUCUUCAUGGGCUGCUCUAUUGAGCUUUGCUUUACUUGGAUUUGAAGUGAUUCCUUCUUUUGCCGGUAAAAUACAAAGCGAUCAAGCAAAAGCUGAUCCAAGCCGUCGUGCUGCUGUAAAGCAAGCCUUUCAAAGUGCUUUUGGAGAUUAUUUAGAGUACGCUUAUGGCUAUGAUGAAUUAUUACCAUUAACCAAAAAUGGAACGGGAGGAUUUGGUAAUUGGGGUGCAACUUUUAUCGAUGCUUUAGAUACGGCAAAGAUUAUGGGAUUAGAAGAUAUCGUUAAUGAAGGAAUUCGAUUCGCAGAAAAAGUUGACUUUUCCCAAACUUCACAAUCAACAAUUUCACUUUUUGAAACAAAUAUUCGUUAUGUUGCUUCUCUUUUGAGCUUAUACGAAUUAACUGGAAAUACCAAUCAAAAUUUAGUCAAUCAAGCAAAAGUGAUUGGUGAUAAACUCUUGAAAGGAUGGUCCGGUAACAAUAACAUUCCAGAUAAUUCUUUGAACGAUUGGACGAGUGGACCUUUUCCAGACACUUCGGUUAACGCAAACAUCGCUGAAGCAGGUACUCUUUUACUGGAAUUCAGCAGAUUAUCAAAAUUCACAGGUAAUUCAUCAUACCUCGAUCAUGCGGUUCGCAGUAUGAGAGCCAUUAUCAAUUCUACUGCCGUCUUUCCUGGCCUUUACGCUCAAUCGAUCAAUCCAACAACCGCGGAACCUGUUGGUGAUUAUGUUACUUGGUCAGGUGGUAGUGACUCAUUUUUCGAAUAUCUUGUAAAGUACGGUCAAUUGAUCGGCUCCACUGAUAUUUAUAUUCCCACUUGGAUCAACAGCGUCAAGAGUAGCAUUCAGCAUUUGAUUACAAUGCCCGGUGAUACUUCUGCAAAUGUUACAAUCCUUUCGGAUUAUAGUGCGAGUAAUGGUGGUCUCAUUCCACAAUUCACUCAUUUGGGUUGCUUUGCGGGUGGAAAUUGGAUAUUAGGUGGAAAGUUACUCGAUAGCAAUGAAAUCUUCCAAUACGGUCUCGAUCUUGCAAAUGCAUGCGUAAACACAUAUACUUCUUCUGUAACGGGAAUUGGUCCGGAAGUCUUUGUGUUCAAAACUGACAAUGGCGGCACAAAUGGUGUAACGAUUUCAAACGAAACGUUUUAUAAAGAGCAUGGAUUUGAUUAUGCGGUCCCGACUUAUUAUUUGCGACCAGAAGUAUUAGAAAGUGUAUUUUACGCUUAUCGAUCAACAGGUGAUAAACGUUGGCAAGAUUUAGCUUGGACCGCUUUCAAUUCGAUCAUAAAGUAUUGCAAAGCACCAGCAGCUUUAGCGUCCAUCUCGCAAGUCAACAAUACCCAAACAACGCAAAUCAAUGAUAGUGAAAGCUUUCUCUAUGCUGAAUUAUUCAAGUACUUGUUCUUGAUCUUUGAUGAUCCUAAUGUUAUCUCUUUGGAUACUUACGUUUUCAAUACUGAAGCUCAUCCUUUCAAAGUGGAAAAUCCUAAUGCCGAUUAUAGUGGCGCACCUGUUGGCACAAUUCCAUCGCCAGGACAAGGACAAGAUCAAGGUAGAACUCUUUCACCAUCUUCAACUCAAAGAACAUCAGCUCCUAGACCCUUGACAUCAGGUUUAUCAUCUUUCUCUUUUAUGAAAUCGUUGACUUUCCAGAAGGAAAAGUGAGGAGGAAUGUCCAGUUUAUAUCUUUUUGUAUGUGCUAUUCUCUUCAAUACGUUGUCCAUUCAUCCAUACCUCACAUCAUAAACACUUUCUUUGAGUCCUUGGCGCCUGGCCUGUUUGUUAUAUUUUGCGCACACGCAUUUGUGUGGCACGUUGCGCGUAUUAAAC